CAAAUUCUGGGAUUGGAAGCUGCACACAUAUCAAACCAGUCAAAGCUAAAACGACUUGGACACUAAAAACGUCAUUUUUUGGUGACGAAGGGGGGGAAAUGCUUGUCUUUGUGAAAAGACACAGUUGACCAUUCAAUCCCAACUAUCUCCUAUCAUUCCUAAAAAACAAAACCUACGGAAUUAAAUUCCACUCUUCGAUUCGACUUUUAUUUUUAUUUAACCUUCGAUAACUAAAUUCUACUAAAUCCUCGCUUAAUCUCCUCGUCCCCAUCAUUUAAACAUGCUGUAAACCGUACUAGCAUCUGCUUCAUCGUCAAGUCAAAUCAAAUCUAAUCUUCACCAUCGACUUUCCUUCAACAAAGUUGCUCGUCUAUCACAAGUCUGCGAUUUCGGUACUGGGAGGUACCGGAAUAAUUCUAUUUAAUUCAACAUGUCGGAAGCCGGCGAUAGCCAGCAUAAGCGGUCUAAAUCAGCCGCCCUCUCCCUCCUCCGGCGCAAGGAUAAGGAAAAUCGUAAUGAUGACGAUGCUGUCUCCGAAGAUGGAUCGCAAACCUCCGGGCUCGGUGCACUUCCCAUCACGAGCAACUCUGCCCCCGCGGUUCCCUUGUCCCACCAAGGCUCAGUCAAGGGUCAUAGCCAAAAGAUGUCAGUUAGCCGAAUACCGUCCCGCGAGCCCCCCUCUUUAAACCCGAAUCGGUACAGUCUCGUCCCCGGCGACAAGGGCUCUUCCCUUGAACAGUCCGUACGUAAAUUCCGGAUCGUCGAGGCCCUACGGAGCGGAAACACGGCUGCGAUAUCCAAGGCUGUUAGGGAAACGUCCGAAUCUGGGCCUCGUGCUAGUACGUCUUCUAUCAAUGGAGCAAACACGGGGCCUUUGGAAGACACGACGGUUUUACACCUUGCCAUCCAGUGCGCCGAAUUCGAUGUUGUGCAAUACGUACUCUCCGAUGGCGCCGGAUAUGUUGAUGUAAACGCUCGGGAUAAGGAUGGAAAUACACCGCUACAUAUUGCUGCUACUCAGGGGCGUGCCCCGGUAGUUCGGUUACUUUUAGAGCAGAAGGAUAUCAACGAUGCUGUUGCAAACAACCAGGGAAAGCUCCCUUUAGAUGUAGCAAGAAGUCCCGAUAUCUUCCAACAGCUGCAGCUCGCGAGGACAUUAUUUGUGCAGGAUAAAGUAAAGGAAGUCCAGGAGCUUGUGCGAAAAGGGGCCUAUGAUACUCUUGGUCAGGUUCUCGAAGAACCCCGCGUCAAGACAAUCUUAGACAUCAAUAGUAUUGAGCUACCCUGUGACCCCGUGACCAUUCAGGCGGGUGGAACCUUGCUUCAUGAGGCCGCCCGCAAGAGAGACACAAAAUUGAUCCAAGCCCUUCUCCUUCAUGGUGCUGAUCCGUUUCAACGGGAUCGCAAGGGUAAGCUCCCUCAGCAGGUUACCAAUGAUGACAUCACGAAAGCGAUGCUCAAGAAAUCCCCUGCCGCGGUAGCUGCACAACGUGGCAUUCAGGAGAAAGCAGUACUUGGGCACGCGACUUCGCAAGGUGGUCCCGGGCCCGCUGUCACAGGAGACCCUCUAGCUGGACGCGAACCGCAGAUGAAGGGGUACCUCAAGAAGUGGACAAAUUACCGUAGAGGUUACCAGCUGCGUUGGUUUGUCCUCGAGAACGGUGUCCUGAGUUAUUAUAAACAUCAGGACGACGCAGAAAAUGCCUGCCGAGGAGCUAUCAGCAUGCGCAUCGCCAAGUUAUACAUGAGCCCCGAGGAGAAGACGAAAUUCGAGAUUAUCGGAAAGUCAUCCGUCAAGUAUACGCUAAAGGCUAAUCACGAAGUUGAGGCUAAGCGGUGGUUCUGGGCCCUGAAUAAUGCGAUUCAGUGGAUGAAAGACCAGGCGAAGCAGGAAGAAAAGCAGAAGGCACAGAGUGCCGAAAUGUUACGGCAGGCCCGAGAUAGCCUUUACAAACCGGCAGAACCUUCUGUUACAGAUUCUCAUAGCGAAGUGGCCAGCACAGGCGAACCUAGGAAUAGUGUGCAAUUAUCCCGUCUUUCUUCAAUAGGAAAAGCACCUAGUCCACGAACUGGAAUAUCUCGUGCUAGUACCGCGGGAAGCGUGGAUGACGAAUUUGUCGACGCUGGCAGCCCGGAGACCAAGGGACAAAGUAACGGAGCGCCUACUUUCCUUGGCGAAGUUGAUGAUUUGGACGACGACGACGACGGAUACAUAGAUCAGUCAAGCCGUGGCGAGUCCCCAACAGCGACCAAGGACGCUUUUAAUAUUACCGCACAGUCAGCAAAGCUUCAACUGGACACACUAGCAUCCGUGAGCGCAGCGUUACAGGCGGAAGCACAGAAGAAUCCAUCGCUGUCACUUGCUGAUCCUAAAGCAGCGCAAGCGCUUGCGACAUACGACGCAGCGAUCCGAAGUCUAAAGGGCCUUAUGGGGGACCUGCUUAGGAUAUCGAAGGACCGUGACGCGCAUUGGCAAUAUCGCUUGGAACAAGAAAUUGAGAUGCGACAAAUGUGGGAAGAAAGCAUGGCCAAAGUUGCCGCAGAACAAGAAGUCUUGGAAGCAAGAGUCAGCGAAGCGGAAACGAAGCGGAAAUUGGCGAAACGGGCGCUUCGUGAAGUCAUGGGAAAUGCCGGCGAAUCUAGGCCAAUAACUAGAGAUAGUUUCCAUGCCGUGCGUGCUGAGACGUCUGGUAUGAAUGAGGAGGAAACACCUGAUCCGUUACAGUCGCCGUCGCUGAAGAGUAUAGGUCGCAAGUCAACCUUACACUCUCAUGCUAUCGAGCUCUCCAGCGACUCAGAAUCCGAGCAGGAGGAAUUCUUCGAUGCUGUAGACGCAGGAGAAGUCGACGCAGAACCCAUGCCGCCGUCUGACGUGGUGCCAGCCGCCGGCACUGGACAGGAUGUCAUAGUAUCAGGAGUAGACGUCAGCAGCGCAUUUAAAGGUUACGAGAAUGGUUUCAGGACAAGACUAAAAUUGGACGAAGAUAACCGACCAAGGAUUGGUCUAUGGGGUAUCUUGAAGUCUAUGAUCGGGAAGGAUAUGACGAAGAUGACGUUACCUGUGUCCUUUAACGAGCCAACUUCUUUGCUCUAUCGAACUGGUGAAGACAUGGAGUAUGCAGAUCUAUUGAACAUGGCAGCGGAUCGAUCGGAUUCGAUCGAGCGUAUGCUGUACGUCGCCGCCUUUGCUUCGAGUGAAUUCGCGUCAACUAUUGGUCGUGUCGCGAAACCAUUCAAUCCGCUUUUGGGUGAGACGUUUGAAUAUGCCAGACCCGACAAAGGAUAUCGUUUCUUCAUCGAGCAAGUCAGUCACCACCCGCCUAUCGGUGCGGCGUAUGCAGAAUCUGCGAAAUGGACUUACUGGGGUGAGGCUAAAGUCGACUCGAGGUUCUUGGGCAAGUCGUUCGAUAUCUAUCACCUUGGUACCUGGUUCCUGAGAUUGCGCCCUACUGCCGGGGGCAAAGAAGAUUUCUACACGUGGAAGAAGCCCAAAUCACAAGUAGUCGGUAUUAUUACAGGUAACCCGGUCGUGGACAACUACGGUCUCGUGGAAAUCAAGAAUUGGACAACCGGAGAGACAUGCUUGCUAGAUUUCAAGCAGCGAGGUUGGAAAGCAUCCAGCGCCUACCAGCUCUCUGGAAAGAUUUUAGACGCCGAUGGUCGGCCACGCAUGAGCUUGGGUGGCCGUUGGAACUCGAAACUCUACGCCCGCCUUACGCCCGGCUUUGAGGCCACUGUCGAAGAGCCGAAGGACACACAAGGCAACAUCAGCGAUCCCAGCCGAGCUUUCAUAGUGUGGGAAGCCAAUCCUCGACCUGAGGGUAUUCCGUUCAACCUUACACCGUUUGUGCUCACUUUCAACCACAUAGACGAUAACCUCAAGAAAUGGAUCGCCCCUACUGACUCCAGAUACCGUCCGGAUCAGAGGGCGAUGGAAGACGGCGAAUAUGAUUUUGCGGCCAGCGAAAAGAACCGGCUCGAAGAGGCGCAACGAGCCAGGAGGAAGGCGAGGCAGCAAACGGGCGAGGAAUUCGCACCCGCAUGGUUUGAGAAGGCGACAUGUGAAAUCACGGGGGUAGAAUACUGGAAGUUUAAUGGCAAGUACUGGACGCAGCGGGAGAAGUUCGGUAGCGGGGACGCCCACGCGUGGGAUGGCCUAGAGCCGAUCUACUCGUCCGAAGAGCAGGAGUAAUGGAUCUUGGCUAGUAGGUAGUGGUGAGGCUGUACAUCAUCAUAUAAAAAAAGAAGGACACUAGCGCGAGGCGGCUGUUAGACGAGUAUGAAUGAAACGAGGCAUUACUAUUCUGACGGUUUUAAAAAUGAUUGUUCGGCGAUUUAAUGUGAAGUUCAAUCUGCAUAGAAAUGUUUUUUUCUUUCUUUUUUCUUAGUUACCUAUACAAUCAGAAGCAACCGGAUUUGCUGUAAUUUUAGCGAGAAUAAUGAAUAUUAGUUGAGCGAAUUACUUCUCUUCUCAACGAAAGUUGUCAUGUUGAGUGUGC